AUGUCCUUUUGUAUCCAUUCUCCCUUUCAGAUUAGGUUGAUGGUUCUGAUGCUUGCAGUGAUGAGUUUAGCUUUUGGAAAAGCAGUUAAGUCUAGAAAAAACGAGGCACCUACUGAAAAAACGAAUCACAACAACCGCCCAGCCCAAUUUGGAACCCAAGAGAACUUCCCCUCAAAUUCCCUGACGGUUUAUGUACACAUUGGUCACAAAGAGCCAGCCAGCAUGAUGCCUCACGAUAUCAGGAACAAGUCUACAUCUCCAUGGGAUUACAGCAUUAAUGAAGAUCCCAACAGGUUUCCCCAUGUGAUUUCGAAAGCCACCUGUCGCUAUAAUGGCUGCUUGAACUACAAAGGCCAACAAAUCAUCAGUAUGAAUUCUGUUCCUAUUCAGCAGGAGAUCCUGGUUCUUAGGCGAAAGCAGAUGGGUUCCCAGCAAACCUAUUGGUUGGAGACACAAGUGGUUACUGUUGGCUGUACCUGUGUCAUUCCUACCACCAAUCCUAUGAAAAGCAUCUGA